AUGCGGCCCCCGACAAAGCCUCGCCUCAAUCGCAGACGGGUCAAUGUCCUUAUCUUCGUCACCGAAAAGAUCGGCCCGGAAGUGCUUCCCUACCUACUGAAGAACCCCGACCUAAACCUGCGUGUGAUCUCAGACAGCCCCAAGGCCGAGUUUCAGGAGUAUAUGGACCCAGGAAUCAGCCUGGAUCAAGUGCAAUGGUUUGAAAAUACCCCUCAAGAUCCAUACCGCAAUCAGGCCAUGAUGCAAGGACACCGGCUGGCCAGGUGGGCCGAUUUGAUGUUCAUAGUCAUGGACGCCAGUAUGAUUUCUCUCAUGCUGAGUGGCUUGACCACCGAUGUCAUUCUCCAUGUGCUGAGGUGCUGGGACGUGUCGAAGCGGAUCGCCCUCUUGCCGGAGUUGAGUGUCGAUCAAUGGAAACACCCGACCUGGAGGAGACAACUGUCGAAGCUGCAACGUAAAUGGGAUUGGGUUCACGUUUUAUCUCCUGCCUUGUGGGACUUCGCGACCAACCCUCAAGAUCUUACACAACCAGGACCGAACCCGCUCGGCCAGGACGGCGGCCCGGAAAUCGAGUGGCAGUGGGAUGGUCCGAACGAGAUCAUCGAGGCCAUUGACACGGAAUCACAGAUUCUUCUUCGCCUCACCCAUUCCAAGCUACAUGCGUCCUCACAGCAUCUGCCCCAAAUGAACGGCGUCUCCCAGAAACCCUGUCUGCCGGUCGAAAUCUGGACCCUCAUCCUCGACCAUCUGGGGGACUGGGAACUGGCAACCGCCCUUGGAAUCUACACUCAUAUUCCUACACCCCACGAAUGGGAGGCCUUGGUUCCCAAAUUAGGAUCCAACAGAACCAGAUCUCUCGAGUACACCAUCCUCACACAACCGCUGUCGCAGGUCAAGGCUUGGUUUACGAACAACACCUCGUCGCAACCGCCCACCACCCUAUCCCCAAUUGCGACGCGUCUCAUCUUCCGCUUCAGCAUGACCGAUCUUCUGACCUACCUUGCCCUGCACCAGAAGGACAUCUUCUGGACAUCCUUCGGUUUAGCAUUGCUGCCGCACAAGGCUUCCUUGAUCUACAACUCCCCGACCAUUCUUCAAUGGUGGCUCGACUGCCCCGCCGUGAUCAAGAAGGAAUACGGUCCCGAAGCCAUGGACGGGGCGUCGCGAGCCGGAUUUGUGGAAGUACUCGACUGGUGGCUCAACUCGGGCCUCAAGCUCACAUACACGGAAAGGGCACUGGAGUCUGCUUCGGCCAAGGGCCAUGUCGAAGUCUUGGAGUGGUGGCGCGUCAACUCGAUGACGCUCGUCGGUACCUCGCGCGAGAUGCCCCUGAAGGUGGGCAAAUCAAUCCUGCUGGCCGCCCAGUCCGGGCGGACAAACAGCAUCGAAUGGUGGGAGUCUAGCGGCAUCCCUUACUCGCACGAGGAGGGCGUUGCUCGCCUAGCUUCGCAACAUGGCCAUGUCCCUGUUCUGGAGCUGUGGCACCACUUGAAGGGCUCCAAGAUGAUCUUCGACAACCAGGUCCUAGUGGGCGCCACCAAGAACGGCCACGCGGGUGUUCUACAGUGGUGGAAAGACGUCAGUCGCAAGCAUGGCGUGCGAGUUGAAUACAAGACGUGCGAUAUCGAGGAGGCCAUGGAGGAUGCCGUUGGCGGCGGUGGCGAGGGCGAGGUCCGGGAAUGGUGGGGGCGCAACGGCUUGAAUCUCGGCGUCGGCACAGGCGAGUGGAUGAGGGUCAAAACCCUGUAA